AUGGACCACAUAAAGCUUCACGACACGCGCCCAACAAGGCCAGAGGAUUUGUACAAAAAAUAUUACAAAUUGGUUGAUCUGUUCGAUUUUGAUACGGCCCAGUUUCAAAAUUCGAAAAAGUUAUUCAAACCAAUCCUUGAAGAUAUGGAAUACUACUACACUGAUGCUUUGGAGAAUUGGAGAAUCAACAGUGGCAUCAAUAAGAUUGACUAUUUAAUUGGACACUCUUUUGGUGGGUAUUGGUCUGCCUCGUAUGCUUUGAAGAAUCCAGACGCUGUCAAUGAUUUAAUUCUAUUGUCUCCUGUUGGAAUGGAAAGAACUGCUUACACAGUCAAUACUCCUAUUCCAGACACUACGACUGAUCUCAAGCCCUCUCUUGGUCCAAAUGAAUACAAUUUUCUUUCAAGAUACCCAAUUUUGUCGAAGAACACUAUUCUCCGCUGGUACUACCUUCAGCCUUACUUGCCGCGUUUGUUGAAGUUCAUGGGUCCAUUCGGAGUCGGAAAAUAUUACAACAUGUGGUAUUCAAAGCUUUUUGCUAUCAAUAAAGUUAUUCUGAAACUAGGAGGUCCGACUGUCUUCAAGAGUACUAACGAAUUGAAGUAUGGAACCAACACAGAAUGUCAACUUCUUGUCGAGUAUCUCUAUAACUCUAUUUCAAACGGCACUCAUUCCGAUACUCACAUCAAAUAUUUGCUCACUCCGGCAACCACAAGCAAAUGGCCAUUAUUUGAUAAAUUCACUGAGACCUCUGCUGAGGUUCUUUCGAAAUUCACCACCCAUGUAAUAUACGGACUGCAUGAUUUCAUGAACUCUGAAGCUGGGAGAGAGUUAGUCAACAACAUGACCCAGAAGCAUUCCUUAGACAAUGUUCAUUACUAUGAGGUGCCUGAGGGCGGCCAUAAUUUAUAUUUGCAAAACCCAUUUGGCACGAAUAAAUUAUUGGCCGAUAUCAUAUCUCGGAAGCAUUAG